AGUCUUCAUCCUUGCAUGACACCGAGGCCCAAAACAAGCUCCAGGGCUUGUUCAGUUGGGCCUGGGCUAGAUCCAGACCAGAACACCACCUACAGGAAGUCCCGGCUGGCUCCUCGGGCUGGGCAGGAGCUGGCAAGAAGGCAGGAGGCCGCCGGGCGUGGUGGCGCAGACAGAGGCUCUGACGAAGAAGACAGGAUGAAUACCGAGCCUGGGAGGAAGUUUGGCGUGGUGGUGGUUGGUGUUGGCAGAGCUGGCUCCGUGAGGAUAAGGGACUUGCAGAGUCCGCACCCAUCCUCGGCGUUCCUCAACCUGAUCGGCUUCGUGUCCAGACGAACGCUUGGGAGCCGUGAUGAAGUGCCGCAGAUUUCCUUGGAAGAUGCUCUUUCCAGCCCGGAAGUUCACGUUGCUUAUAUCUGCAGUGAGAGCUCCAGCCAUGAAGACUACAUAAGGCAGUUUCUCCAGGCUGGCAAGCACGUGCUGGUGGAGUACCCGAUGGCGCUGUCUUUAGCGGGAGCUCAGGAGCUGUGGGCACUGGCUGAACAGAAAGGAAAAGUCUUGCACGAGGAGCAUGUGGAACUGUUGAUGGAAGAAUUUGCUUUCCUGCAAAAAGAAGUGGUCGGAAAAGAGCUGCUGAAAGGGUCUCUUCACUUCACAGCUGGCCCGCUAGAAGAAGAACAAUUUGGCUUCCCUGCAUUCAGUGGCAUCUCUCGCUUGACCUGGCUGGUCUGCCUCUUCGGGGAGCUUUCUCUGGCUUCUGCCACCCUGGAAGAACGAAAGGAAGAUCAGUAUAUGAAGAUGACUGUGCAACUUGAGACCAAGAACAAAUGCCCACUGUCCUGGAUUGAGGAGAAAGGGCCUGGCUUAAAACGAAACAGAUACUUAAGUUUUCAUUUCAAGUCCGGCUCUCUGGACAGUGUGCCAAAUGUGGCAGUGAAUAAGAACAUCUUCCUGAAAGAUCAAGAGCUCUUUGUGCAGAAGCUCCUGGGCCAGGUCUCCGAGAAGGACCUGGCUGCUGAAAGGAGGCGCAUCCUGCACUGCCUGGGGCUGGCUGAAGGGAUCCGGCAGCUCUGCCGGCCGUAGGCCGCCGGCACAUCGGUCACGGCUGGAGUUCAGUUCAGUCAUCUCUUCACCUUUAGCUCCUUCCACAAUUAAACAUGCUGGUAAACAGAA